UUACAGGUUAAUAAUUACUUUAAGAUUAAAUCUGGUAAUCUAGUAAAGUGUUACGGAAUAACAAAAUUCCCAAAUAGUGACAAUUACGUUAUGGUAAUGAAUUAUUACAAAGAAGGAACAUUAUAUGAUUACUUAAAAAGUCAUCGGUCCCGAAUAAACCUAAAAGACAAAAUAUAUUUUAUAUAUAGAAUAUGUUUUGCAUUAUAUAGAAUUCAUUCCAAUAACUAUAUCCAUCGUGACUUGCAUAGUAAGAACAUUCUCUUACUUACAAAUCGAUGCCUAAUUUCCGAUUUAGGAUUGUGUGGUCCAGCCGAGAACAACCUGGCUGAUGCGUAUGGCGUUUUACCAUAUAUGGCGCCAGAAUUAAUAGACAAAAAACAAUAUUCUAAGGCAUCAGAUAUUUAUAGUUUGGGGAUGCUGAUGUGGGAAAUUUUUGCAGAGUGCCCACCAUUUCAUGACCAGCUUCAUGAUUCGGAUUUAGCAAUGGAGAUUAUUAAGGGUGAGAGACCACAAAUGUUACCUGAAAUACCAGAGAUUUUUCAAAAAUUGAUUCGUGGAUGUUGGGAGAAAGAUGCUAAGAAAAGGCCAGAAAUAGAAAAAAUUUAUGGAGAUGUAAAUAAAGAGUUUAUAAAAAUUUAUGAGAACGAAGAGUUGAUGUUGAAAUAUGAGAAUAAACGUGCAACUGAAUUUUUAGAAAUACCAAAAUCACCUUAUCCUACUCAUCAUACUAGUUCUGCUAGCGGAAUGCCUCCUAUUGAAAGUCUUACAAUAAAUGAUUAUACCUUUAUAAUCAAUAAAAAUUGUACGCACUGUACUAGUUCUUCGUUACGAUAUGGACGUGAAAAUGAUAACGAAAAAGUUAUGUAUGAUGUAACUAAUAAGUCAAGUGAUGUUAAUUAUUUAUCAUUUUCUCUUCUUUUAUUGAAAAAGAAGAUGACGAAGAAAGUACAACAAACAAGGUUUAACAGCCAUUUUAUAUUUAAAAUCUCUGGGACUUCAAAAUUUUACUCAUCAUGAUAGCAUGACCAAAAAAUAAUUAAUUGAGCUACUAUUUAUAUAUUUCCGAUUAUCUCCUUAUUAAAUUAUCAAGUCAAAAUUUUUUAAAUUUUGUUUCGUUUUUUUAUAAUUAUUUGUAUUCACUAGCCUUGUUAGUUUUUUCAUGAAAUUUUUAUUCAAACACUAAUUAUCAAUUAUUUGUAAA